AUGUAUCUCUGGAAGGGUCAAAGCUUUACCGUAAAAUGUGUCACUUUAGAAGGAAAUGGGAUCGGUGGAAAAUAUACGUAUAGUUGGACCAAAAACAAGGAACUUCUUCCUGUAAGAACAGAUUGCGAAAAGUUUGAGACCCUCUAUCCUGCCGGUACAAUUUUGCAGGUGUUUCGAGUUGAAAAGGACGCGCAAUAUUCUUGUUUGGUUCAAGACCGAACGACAUCAUCUGAAAAAAGCAUUCAAAUAUAUGUGUUAGACCGGAAAGAAGUUCAUACAUGUUCAGUGGAAAUUAGUUAUGAUUUAUCGUGGCCUGAGACAGCCCCGGACACCGACUACCUCCAAGAGUGUCCGAGAAACUAUAAUGGGAUAAUUUCCAGACGAUGUAUGCUAAAUGAUGGCAAAAAUCCCAAAUGGGACAUUCCGGACUUUUCAAAAUGCACUAGUAAAGAUGUUAGUCUAAUUCAUGAAAAGUUCAAAAUGCUAAAGGCUGGAUAUACACCACUGAGUCUCGACGAACUACUGCCAGGCUUCCUAAACUAUGUGUUUUCGGUAAAACUACGACCUGGAGAAGGCGCAGGAAUUCUUGUUUUGAUUGAGGAAAUAAUGGAAUUCCUAAAAGAAGCAAAAGUGGGACAUGGCAUAAUGCGGAAUUUUACCCAAACAGUGGUUUCUGCGCUGGAUGUCAUUUUAUCAACUCAGAACGCAUUACUAUUUUUAAAAGCGUUUCAGUUCGCAGAUUUACGUUACUUAGAUACUUAA